AUGUCAAGUAGCAGUAACGAAGGAGAAAGUUUGUUGACGGCAUUGGUGUCGGGAACCACUGCAGCUGCGUUUGCAGCCACUGUGACUUAUCCCUUUGAUUGUAUCAAGACUCAAGAACAAUUGAACAACAAGAAAUUAAUGGCCAAGUAUUCCAUACCUGGUAACUAUCCUGGUAGUCUUGCUCAAUUGUUCAAAGGAGGUUCGGCCUUGGUGUUGGGAAGUGUGCUUAAGAACAGUGCUCGGUUGAUAUCAUAUAAUUGGCUGACCCAAUUUAUGGCUAUAGAUACCGCAGAUGGUAAGAGAAAGACCUCUGCUCCUAGAAUGGUGAUUGCUAGUAUUAUUAGUGGAUUUUUGGAAACAUUAUGGAUUAUUCCCUUUGAGAACAUUAAGAUUACAAUGGUUCAAAAUAUGACUCUAAAUAAUGAAUUGAUUAGAUGUGAAAAGGAGAAGAUAGCUUAUGAUAUUACCGGAUCAAAGUUACCUCAUAUACAUAAACCUGCUAUUCAAUAUCAAUAUAUUUCACCCCAUGCAUAUUGGACUAGUGAAAUACUAUCGCAGUUUACUACUGGUAAAGUAUCCAAAGCUCCAAUAACCAAAUUCCUGGCCCAUGGACAAGGAUCUGGGGCUACCCCUUCUGGAAGUCAUCAAGUUGGCAGUGGUCACCAUUACUCUGGUGGACACGUUCAUAAGAUGUCAAAACUUGAUUUGUUACGGAUUCAUUAUAACAAGAAUCCGAGCUUGACAUUUGUAGGUACCAUCAAUGAAAUGUACAAGAUGAAGGGAGUUCGGGCUUUCACUUCCGGGUCGAUUAUCACUUUUGUUAGACAGAUUGGGAUAUCUGGGAUUUGGCUCUCUACUUAUAAUGCCACUAGACAAUUGAUUGAUCCACAUUCUACCAAUAACAAUUGGUUUGGCCAUCAGCACACCGUGAUACAACUGUUUGGAUUACAUUUAUUAUCAUCAGUGGCCGUGGUGGCAGUCACCCAACCUUUAGAUGUUAUAAAGACUCAUAUGCAACUGAAAAAUGGAAAGUUUUUCUAUAAGGAUUCGUUGAAAACAGCACUCAAUUUGGUGGUACAACAAGGGCCCGUGGCCUUGUUCAAAGGUAGCCUUCCCCGAGGGUUCAAGAUUGUUAUCAAUGGAGGUUUGACAGCUGCUUUAUACAAUUAUGUGGAAAGGUUAGUUAACGUUGCGGGUGAACAGAUACUUUUUACAGAUUAA